CGGCGGUGGGUUUCGCCUACGGUGGCCGUGCGGGUCCAAACUGUUCCGCAUAUCUUAGCCGCUCGUUUGUUUACUACACUUGCAGCGAUGGUUUGAGAUCGAAACCCGCAGCUAGCUAGCCUAGCUAAAAUCACAAAGAGUCGGCUGGAAUGGAGGACGAAACGCGUGUAAUGGGGCACGUAGUGGUGGCGUCUUUUAAUGGGCACGGUUCGCCUGGUGUCUAGAGGCGCAUGCGUUAGUUUUAUUCCCAGAGUCCGUUAGCCUGCUAGCCUACCAGACUGCAUGCUAGGCUAGCUCCUGUGGGCUCGCUUUUCGUUGAGAACUAGUAACGAAAUGGCAGAUUGCGAACUCCAGACUAGUCGUCGUAGCUGGGAGCAUACGGCUGGGUUUGGUUUCUACUUCACCCUAGUUUUUGACUAGAGCAGGCGCGUGGGUUCGUAGCGUAGCCGUCACGUUUGCUGGUGAAGCGACCUGAGCUAACGCUGCUGCUAGCACAGCUGCCUGCGCUGGAAUGGAGCCGGGCGACUUGCGAGAGAGCCCCGCUGGCUCCGGGGAGUCAGACGCGGGCGACUGGAGAGAGGUCAUUCCAUGCGAGGAUGGGGGCGUCAAAUCCACCGAAACCAGUACACGAAUACAAGACACGCAGCACAAGGAGAGCUGCGACGCCAGCGAAAGCGAUAAACAAAAAAUACUGGGAGAGCAAUUACACAGUCCAUACGAGGAGGAACUGGACCCCAGGAUCCAGGAAGAGUUGGAGCACCUUAAUGAAGCUAGCGCAGAAAUCAACAGACUAGAACUGCAAUUGGAUGAUGCCAGGUCAGGGUACCGGAAGAUUCUCACAGAGUCUGCCAGGAAGCUAAAUGCUCAGAGCUCCCAGCUUGGCAGCUGCAUAGAGAAAGCCAGACCGUACUAUGAGGCUCGUCGCCUCGCAAAGGAGGCACAGCAGGAAACCCAGAAGGCGGCUCUGAGCUAUGAGAGAGCGGUUUCCAUGCACACAGCUGCCAGGGAGAUGGUUUAUGUGGCAGAGCAGGGACUGAUGGCUGAUGGCAAGAACACCCUGGAUCCCACCUGGCAGGAGAUGCUCAACCAUGCUACUGCCAAGGUGAAUGAAGCCGAAGAGGAGCGGCUCCGCAGCGAGAGGGAGCACAUGCGCGUCACACACGCCUGUCAGGAGGCGGAGGCCCGGGUUCAGAUGCUGCAGAAGUCCCUCAAGAGAGUCAUCCUGAAAUCCAAACCCUACUUUGAGCUCAAGGCCCAGUUCAACCACAUACUGGAGGAGCACAAGGCCAAAGUGCUGCAGCUGGAACAGCACGUAGCCAAAGUGAAGACCAGCUACUCCAUCGCGCUGCGCAACUUGGAGCAGAUCAGUGAGCAGAUCCAUGCGCAGAGGGGCAGGGACCCGGCCGAGGGAGGGUGCCCCACCGUCUGCGGGGGGCGGAGCCCUCCGGUUGGAGCCGAGUGCGACGCCAAGGUCCAGGAAGUGGGCGGAGCCUGUGGCGGUGGGCUGACGGGGAAGGAUCGAGUCGAUGGAGCCAUUAACCUGGUGGAGACGUACAAGGAGAACGAGAAAGCGAGGGAUCGGGCGGGGUCGGAUUCCCUCUCCGUCUUCAGCCUGCAGACCAUCGCCUCCGACCUGGAGAAAUAUGACUCCGUCGAGCACCUCGGAGACCUCAGCGAUGUGGGCAGCGUAGCUGGGGAUGAAGUGGAGAAAGACAGAGGCGUGUUGAUGGAUAGAAGAGACCGGCUGAUGGAAGCCACGUCCGCCAGAGAGCGUCAGCAGACGUUCUUCAAGCAGCAUCACAGAAGUUUCAGUUUGUGAGGCUGCGAAAGCAAAGUGUGAGUUAGUAGGAAUUGGGUUAAAUAUCCCUUAAACACUGGUAGCAACCAAAGCGUGAGUUACCUGCAGAUGUAAAGAGGAGCGACACAGUAUGAUACGUGGUGCAAACAAGCACACUUACAAUGACUGACAACAUUAUUCUGAAGCUGACACUGCAGCCUAGCUAGAACACUACUGCAAUACACACAGCUUACAUCCCUCCAGGACAUGUAUACUGCUUUCAUUUCGAGAGGUCCUGGGUAGAAAUCGUUCCUUGUGCAUGAAGGAGCAGUGAAGAAAGUUUCGGCCGACAUAUUUAGCCACGCAUCUUUCCCAGACUAAUUGUUGAUCUAAUUUGGUAAGACUGGUGAAAACCAAACUCUCCAUUGUUUCCCCUGCAGUCCUGUCAAGACUAAUAAUCAAUCGCUUCAAGGUAGAGAGUGGCUUCCACCACAGACCCCCCACCCCCCUUCACGUCUUGUGCUAUGUUGCUAUGUAAAGGAAAAAUGAUGAAAACGAUUCUGUCAGUGCAGAGUGGCGGCUUGUUGGAACUCACAUUUCCUGUAUUUAUUUUAUUUAAUGUGCUGGAAGUAGUGAUUUUGGUUUGUUUUAGCACCAGAGAAUCAGUUUUUUGAAAAUUCCUGACAUGAUGAAUUAAGCAGGACGAGCAGAAUUUCAUGGUUUCCGGUGCCGAUUUAUUUAAACCAACAUUUAUGACGCAUAAUCAGAAGUACGUGCUGAAACGCUGGAAUAAUUAAUCCUAAUAUCAUGAAGCCUGCCGGGUUUUCUGUCUCGUCUUUCAACACAAAGGCCUUUGCUAAAAAUGCUUUGAUUAUGUUUACAUUCGUAUUAGUGGAUUUGUUUCGCUGUAGGUUAAUUUGCCGUUUACUUUUUUUAAAAUUGCCCUGUAAUUUUAAAUUGUGCCUUUAAAAGGGACAAGUAACAAAUUUAGCGUCAGUAGUACUUGUGAUAAACUCAUUGGAGUUUUCCUUAAACCAUUUAAAGAAUGAGCACAAAUGAAACAAUGUGACUUUCUCAGCCCCAUUUUCUGAUGAGACUUGAAGAUUUAUUUUUGUUUCGUGUAUAUUCUGCUUUGUUCUUUUAUGAUAUUGUACUUUGAUUACCAGAGUGUAUGAUGCAAAACGUUAAAGUCAGGAGAUGACUUGUAAAAGUAUGUAAUUAUUACAAAGCUAGAAAAUACUGAAUAUGUACAGAUCCAUGUGAUUCUGACUGUUUUGUUGUUGGAAACUCACGGUUCGCUGCGUGUAUUUAAGUGUCUGUCCCUCCUCCCUCCAGAUUGCCUCCGCCCUUUUUAAUGUCACCGCUCACUGUUUCCACUUUGUGGCAUCCGUAUACCUAUAAUCAAUAAAACAGAUCAAAGUCA